AACUGAUAAGGCACAUCGUUUCGUAUCCUGUUCCUGUAUAUCUUAAUUCGUGGUUAUUUGUGACUUUUGUAUAUUCGUGGAAACCCAUGGUCGCGUUUUAUACGACUAGUAAUUAAAUCAUGUCCAAAAUAUUAACAACGACAAUAAUAAUAAACAACUUGCGCCACUUUACACCGAGAGUCGCGUGGCUUAGUAGUAUUGUAAAUAAGAGUAUUGCAUUGGACGAAGAUUUGGUUAAACGCCUGGAAACUGUGUCACAUGUUGGAUUUUCAAAACAAGGUGGUUUUGAAGUUCUAAGUGCAUCAGUUAAAUUUGCCGAUCGUCUCACUGACAUUGAUACUUCCAAAGUGUUGCCGCUCAUUACUGUCUUGGAGAAUUGAUCCUGGGUUCAAAUAUGGCAAGAACAAAACCUAAAAUAAUCAAAAAAACAAAGAAAGUAAACAUAUCAAAAAAGAAAUCUACCAAUAUGUCAAGGAAUAAAUCAGAGCAGGUUAAAGGAAAAAUCAGUACAAAUAAUGAAAAAAAUAAUAAUGAUAUUGUACUUGAGUUAAUGACAAAACACCCAGAACUAAACCAAACAUUUGAAUAUAUUUUAUAUUCUAACAAGUAUAAACAUACAUUAACUGAUGUUUUUAAUAUUAUAAAAAUGUUAUUUGCCAAAUUGGAAGAAUUGGAAAAGUGUGAUGUUGACCUUAACAGUACUUUGGACAAUAUUAAUCAUAAUAAUAAAAUUAAAGGUUUAAUCCAAAGUACUGCUAUCAAUUUAUCUCAUGUUGUGGAACAAUUAGAUGUAAAUGAAUCUACAUUCUUAAAUUUUGCACUUAAUUUUAUUCCACAAACUAUUACAGCUGACAAUCAAAAUGUUACUGAUACUUUAGUAUCUAGUUGUGCUAGUGUACCUAUAGUGUCAGAGAACUCUAUAAUUUUUAGUUCGCAAGCAUGUAAUAGUGAUUGUUUAAGUCAAGAAAUAAAAACUGAAGAUAUAAGUGACCAACUCAUGACAAAUAUAUUUGGUGGACAUUAUACUAUUGUAUUGUCAUCAGAUGAUGAGUAUGAAGAAAACAAUGAUUAUAAUGACUGCAGGAAACAAAAUUCAACAAAAAAUAAACCUCUUCAGAAUGAUGUAGACAGUUAUGUAAUAGGAUCAGACAUUAAAGUUAUACUUGACCAAGAUAUAAUUUCACAAUCUAAACAAAGUAAUCAAGAUAUUACUAUUUCAAAAUCUAUAUCUCCACUUAGCACACCUAUACAAAAAAUUAGGAAGGUUAAGCCAAAGAUAUCUGAUAAAGCUAUAGAAGAAGCAAGAAAAGCUGACUUAGAUUUAAGAAAACGUCAGAUUGUUCGAAAUGAAGAAAUGAUGAGUAUAAUUAAAGAACUAAAUCUAAAGCCUCAUGAAAUAGUAUUAGAAUUUGAUAUUGUUAAAAAAAUUCCAGUUGUUAAAAUCGCUAAAGAAUUAGCUAAAUCUUUAAAAAUACAUCAGGUGGAAGGUAUUCAUUUUUUAUGGAAUACAGUUUUUGAAACUGUAGAAAAAACAAAUAACUCUGAAGGGACAGGGUGUAUUUUAGCCCAUCGGAUGGGUAUUGGUAAAACAUUGCAAAUUAUAACUUUAAUAUACACUAUAUUAUGCCAUAGACAAAUAAAUGUAAAAACCUUUUUAAUUAUUUGUCCUCCUGGAUUGAUUUAUAAUUGGAUGGAUGAAAUAUAUAAAUGGUUAAAAGAUAUUGACAUUGAUGAAGUUGUCAAAGUUUAUGAUUUGCCUAAGACACAGAAAUUAUACAAUAUAACAAACAUAGCUACGUGGAAAUCUAAAGGAGGUAUUCUUAUUCUUAGCUAUGAGAACUUUAAGAGUUUGGUGAAUUGUAAACAAACUGAUUUACGUGAAGCAUUCAGCCACACAUUAAUUAAUCCUGGACCAGAUGUUGUUAUUUUAGAUGAAGGACAUUAUAUUAAGAAUACCCAAACUAUACUAUUAAAAAGUUUAACACAAAUCAGAACAAAAAGAAGAAUAGUAUUAACAGGAACUCCUAUGCAAAAUUCUCUUAAAGAAUAUCAUACAUUGGUAGAGUUUGUCAAACCUAACAUACUAGGAAAUCUUACAGAUUUUGUUACAACAUUUAUCAAACCAAUUGAUGCUGGUCAAUUUAUAGACUCACAUGAUGAAGAUGUUAAAAUAAUGAAACAACGUACAUUUAUUUUACAUAAACUUUUACAAAAUACUGUCCAUCGCAUUGAUGAUAAAAACCUGAAGCCUUUAUUUACAAACAAAAUAGAAUACACAAUAGAGGUUAAUUUAACCAAGUUCCAAUGUGAAUUAUAUGAGAAGUUCUUGCGUUAUAACAAGUCAUCUAAUGAUAAUCGUAAUGUAUUUUUAUGUCUACACGUGUUAACAUUAAUAACAUUACAUCCAUUAACAUUGUACAGAUUAAAACUUUUUAAGAACAGCAAACACCAAGAAUUGGGAACUGUUGUUGAUGAAAAAUUAUCAAAGGAAUUGUCAUGGAUUGAAAGUUAUGGAGAAGAUCCGAGAUUUUUUGAAACUAGACAAAGUAAUAAAAUUACAUAUGUCUUAAAUACAAUUGAUGAAUGCUCUAAAAGAAAUGAAAAGGUACUUUGUUUUUUAAAAUCUCCAUUAGCUUUGGAUGCCUUGGAAUAUUUUUUAAAGCAAGAGAAGAAAUGGGUUUUAGGAGAAGAUUAUCUCAGAAUGGACGGUAAAACACCAUUGUCUAUACGAAAUCAAAUGUGUGAAGCUUUUAAUAAUCCUGAAAAUACUACUAAACUUUUUCUUUUAUCCUUGGGUACUGGUGUUCUUGGAUAUAAUAUGGUUGGUGCUAAUAGAGUAUUAUUACUCAAUACAUCAUGGAAUCCAAGUAAUGACUUACAAGCCAUUUAUAGAUGUUUACGAUUUGGUCAGAAAAAAACUGUCUAUGUUAACAGAUUGUUAGCUAAAGGAACUGUAGAACCAAAAGCUUAUUAUCGGCAAAUUUCUAAACUAGGAAUGGCUAGUAGUGUUAUAGAUUUACAACAUAUGAAUCGAAAAGUAUCUUAUGAUCAAACUAAUGACUUAUUUACAUUUGAUUCAACAAAACAUUUUAAUCAUCUAGUUCCUGACUCAAAGGAUCCCGUAUUAAACCAACUAAUCAUUAACAAUUUUGAAUCUAUUAGUGAUUUUAAAGAACAUGAUUCCAUGCUUGUUGAGUCUGUAGAAGAACAAUUGACUAUUGAAGAACGUAAAGCUCUUUGGUUGUCAUUUAAAAACAAGCAAUUGCCAACUAAAAGUUUGAUUAAACCAAAACCACUCUCUAAGUUAUUGAAUACUGAUGAGCUUAAAUCAAAAUGUAUAACAAAUAACAAAACAGGUGAGUUUUCUGGUUCUAUAAAAAGCAUCCAACCUCCCAAAGAAACAACUAUACAUUCUAAUGAAAGACUUAGUUCUAGAAUGCAUACAAAUGUCAACAGUGCCAAACAAUUAAAAGCUUCUUCACCCAAGAGAAAACCUGAAACAUUAACAAGUACUGCAGAAACAGUGAAUUGUUCAACAGAUGUAAAUGAUCAAUUCAGAAUUCCCAAGCUAUGUGAAAACAGGGGUGAAAACUAUAACCGCUCCAGAAAUAUUGAACCAAUACAAAAUCAGUUCAGAAGUUUUCAACAUAAAACUUUUAAUCACCAUAAAAGGAACCGUGCAUCAAAUUAUCGAUUUUCAAAAUUAUCUCCUCAUUCAUCGAUGUCGACAGAUUUUAGAGAUCAACCUAAUCCAAAUUUAAGAAACCAAUCGAACCAAAAUUCUUAUAAUGUAAACCGAACUUGGUAUUCUCAUAAUCCAACGUCAACUGAAAAUAAUAUUUCAAACCGAUCUGGUUUGUCAAAAUGAAUAAAUCAAAUUUUUUCUUUGGAUUAAAUAAAUUAUUCAUAAAAGUAAAAAUUUAAUACUGGUAUUAUGAUGCUAUAACAUGAACGUUUUGCAUACAAAUACUAACAGGUUUAAUAUUAUUAUGUAGUUAUUUUUAGAUUCCAAGUAAUUUCCUAAGUUAAAAUUUAAAUUAUUUAUAAGUAUUACUGUCUUAAUAUUUUUUAUGUAAAAUUAAUAAAAAAUGUAUUUAAAAGUGUAUCUUUUAUAUGUAUAUAAACUAUAAAAUUAAAUGAAAUUAUAGUACAAAUAAUAUCUUUAUUCUUUGUACAUUGAAUAUUAGUUAUAAGAUAUUAAUAUUAUUUACUAUAUAUAAUGUGGCAAAUAAAGAAUAAUAAUAUUAUAUACUUUUACUGUUUAUAUUA